AUGGCGCACAACUUUGCAAUGAUUAGCAAUGCUCGAAGCAGAGAAUGCAGGACAUAUGAGGCUCAGCAAGUGUUCAGACAAUGCCUUGUAGCUUCAAACUCAACCAAGAAAUCGCACGAAUGCAAUACUUUAGCUCUGGCUGAGACUCAGUUUACCAGAAGUGGUCCAUUGGACCGUCAUCCCGACAAGCACGACGCCGUAAAUCCAGAAACGCGAGUUAUGCGCACUCAACGCGUCGUGCGCGUGACAAAGAAUGUCCCUGCUAUUUGGUCAUCAUCGCUUCAUGGAAGCCGCAAAGGCGGCCCUCGUGACGAUGGUUUUAGAAGAGGGUUGGCUCCUUCUGGGCCAGCUUCGGAGUCGCCAGCUGAGUAG